AUUCAUGCUCUCGUGUGAUUGGUAAUUCGGUUGUUUUUAAAUUUGAAUUUUAGAUUUCAAAAAAGUUCUAAUAAAUAAAUAAUUUCUGUAUUGAAUGUAUAACAGAAGCCUAUCAAUUAAUAUUCAAAUCUGGAUAAUGGCAGAAUAUACUAGACGAAGGACCACUUUUACUGAUUUGAUGUCAUUAGCAGAAGCUGAAGUUCCAAGUAGACCAGAAGUUGAAGGAUUUUUAGAAAAUUAUGAAAGAAGAAAUUAUCUUCAGAUUAUGAAUGAGAAAUAUGAAGAAUCUGGACAACCAAUCCACUUAUUAAAAUUGAUAGGAAUAUACAAGGAAGAUGCUACAGAAAAAGAAGUUGGAGAGUAUAUUCAUGGCAUUAUGAAAACUAUAGAGAAAGCAGAAGAAAGGCAAAAUAUUCCACCUUCUACUGGUUUAUUAUUACUUUAUAAAGAUGUUUGCUUGAAUUGUAUUGAAGCCACAAUAGAUCAAAUAAAUAGUUUGAUAGCAACACAUGCUUUGGAGAUAGCUAAUGGAAGAGGAUUGCUAGAAGAAGUUAAGGUGUUAAUAGUUGUCCAUGAUAUACCAGAGAGACUUUCACAUAAAUGGCUAUGGCAUGAAGUUGAAGAUCUUUACCAAGAAGAAUCCUCAUUUGAUGCACGUAAUAGUAUAUUAAAUCUUUCCAAAAAUGUCAUUCAAGUUUGUAGACAUCUUCAAGAAGCUGAAUUUACUCAAUCAAAUCUUCAAAUGUAUUUUGGAAUUAAAACAGAAUUAAAUUAUAUGAAAAAUAAUAUAAUGAAAUUAUAUAAUAUUAAAUAUUUACUGACUGUAAAAGAAUAUAUGUUUAAGUAUUUUGGUCCACAAUUUUAUUUGAGCCAUGAUGCUACAGUGGCAGAUUAGUAUAGUCAGGGGCCCCUGGCAGAACAAAAUUGGGAUCCCUAAUGUUAAAUAGUAACAAAUCAUUUCUAUAAUUCGUCAUAGUUUUAGACAAAAUAAAAAUUUUCUUAAAGCAUUUGACUUUAUUCUUAAGCAAUAGAGCAUGUAAAAUUAUGAAAAUAUUACAUGUAUUUUUGUUUAUUGUCGUCAUUGUUGUUGAUACUCAGAUGGGACUUGAGCUACUAGGCCUCAGUGACUCAGUUGUGAAUACUUGGAUAGAGUAUCAUCUAAUGGUAAUAAUACUUAGUAUAUGCUUGAAAGUACUGAGAUAAUAUCUUUGUAUAUAAUUGUAAUGAUUGUAAUUUGUAGGCAGUCACUUAAUUUCUUGAUGUUGUUUGUCUGGCUGCUUUCCUGUAAAAGUUUCUGAUGGAUGUUGUGGAAAAUCAUGCAGUCAUGAAUGCUAUGUAAGGAACUGUCUGUUUUCUUGGACAGUACUUACAUCUAUUAAAUUGUUAGUUUGUGGCAGUAUAGAAAUUGGUUGGUUAGAAAGGUUUCUGUCUGAGCUCUGUUUAUAAAUAUGGUAUUUAGGUGGUCUAGAUUAUUGAAGCUGUAAAUGUUGUGUUGGUUCAACCAAAGGAAAUCAUAUUUAUAAUAUUGCUUCCACUGCUCAUCCAUCAUCUGCUUGUUCUCUGUUUUGAUAACUUUUAUGGAUCUUCUGGGGAGAUGAUAUGGAAAUAUUGCAUGCAUUAGAUGUUUUAAUGUAUAAUGUCUUCACCAAUAAUAAAAUAUAUUGAUCUUAUGGCAUAAACAAAACUCGCUUCAUCCCAUUGUGGGUGGUAAUUUUCAUCUAAGGAUGGUCAAUACUGUUAUCUUUGGUAUUUCACAUCUUUUUGUGUUCUAUUAAUAUAAUACACUUAUUCAAAUUUCUUUUAGUUGCUCUAACAUAAAGUAUUGCUUUUUUGUUUUUCAAAUAGUGUUCUAUAUAUGCCCAAUUUCUCUCUAGAUUUCCAUUUGUCUCUAUCAUUAUAACAUAAUUUAUGUAGAGUGUGCAAAGAUAAUACUGGAAUUUGAAAAGGAAGGUUCUUAUACAGUUUUGACAACUUAUACAUACUGUUACCUGUAAAAGUCAUUGGGAUAAGUGAAAAGCACAACUUUCUUCUGGUACUAAGGUGGUGGAUGGAAACAACUUUUGCUUAAUUCUGCAGUGUAAAUAAUAAAAUUUUUCAGCUGCAGAGUUUUAUUAAUUACAUUUUUAAUUUGCAUUUUGUUUUUAUAUCUGGAAAAUUUAUGUAUUGCUGAGGAACUUUACAUAUGUUUCUUUUUGAAUGAAUUAAUUUAAUAACAUAAAACAACAAAAACUCUUUAAGAAGCAGUUUUUUUAUUUAAACUUCUAACGUUUUCGGCCUACUUUAUUGACCUUCUUCAGGAAAAAUUGAAUAUUACAAUUUAUAAUGAAUGAAAUGUAAAUAUAAAUAAAUCUUUUAUAAAUAAAAAGAGUGCAUCUUAAAGGGUUUUUGUUAUUUUAUGUUAUUUGAUUUAAGUGCAAGCAGAGGAGACUGAAUUAAUUUAUUUUACUAUAAACGUUGCAGUGGAACCAAUGUGCCAUAUGCAUAUUCUUUUACAAUACUGGAAAGGUCUUGUAUAUUUUGUAUAUUUUUCUUUAGGAAACUAGGAUGGUAGUAUUUUGUCUGGUAGGAUUCUGUGAUGACAUUGGGUUUGAGAUAUGUUUCUGUAAUAUAUUAUUUGAAAACUACAGUAGAGCAUCGAUUAUCCGACCUCCCGAUUAACCAUCACAUCGGUUAACCGACUGUUCUAGUCGGCAAAUUUCAAAUGUCCACUAGUGAUGUGGCAUUACAAUAUCUGGCUAUAUCUUGGCUACUUUAAUAUUAUUUUUGUUAAAUUUUUGCGUGUUUUAGCUGGCAUCAACGGCUCAACCAUUGAAGGGAAGCCAAUAUUUAAACGAGACUUAAUUUUUUAAUUAUGAGUGGUUGUUUCGUGAGCAAUAAAAUAAUUUAAAAAUAAUUUUUAACGAUACAAAU